AUGGACUACUCGUUACUGGUUGGAGUCGACGAAACAAAUGGCGAAUUAAUUCUAGGAAUAGUCGACUAUAUGAGGACAUACACGCUAGACAAGAAACUUGAAUCGUGGGUUAAAAUUGUUGCCAUACCUGGCGCCCAUCUUCCAACCAUCCUCAGCCCUGAGAUGUAUUGUACAAGGUUUUCUGAGGCUAUUGAUACUUAUUUCCCUGUGGUGCCUGAUCAAUGGACGGGUCUCGGAUCAGCGGUGUCUUAUUAG